AUGCCUUCUUCUGUCUUCCAGAUCAGUGUGCGUGUUACCACCAUGGAUGCUGAGCUGGAGUUUGCCAUCCAGCCCAACACUACAGGGAAGCAACUCUUUGAUCAGGUGGUCAAGACAAUUGGUCUGCGAGAGGUCUGGUUUUUUGGACUUCAGUAUCAAGACACCAAGGGCUUCUCAACAUGGCUGAAAUUGAACAAAAAGGUGACAGCACAGGAUGUGCGCAAGGAGAGUCCCCUCCUGUUCAAGUUCCGUGCCAAGUUCUACCCUGAGGAUGUGGCAGAGGAGCUGAUCCAGGACAUCACGCAGCGCCUUUUCUUCCUCCAAGUGAAGGAGGCAAUUCUGAACGAUGACAUUUAUUGCCCCCCGGAAACCGCUGUCCUUCUGGCAUCCUACGCCGUCCAGUCCAAGUACGGAGACUUCAACAAGGAGGUGCACAAGUCUGGUUACCUUGCGAGUGACAAACUGCUCCCACAGAGAGUUCUGGAGCAGCACAAGCUUAACAAGGACCAGUGGGAGGAGAGGAUCCAGGUGUGGCAUGAGGAACAUCGAGGAAUGAUUCGCGAAGAUGCUGUCUUGGAGUACCUCAAAAUUGCACAGGAUCUGGAAAUGUAUGGUGUGAACUACUUCAGCAUUAAGAACAAGAAGGGCUCUGAACUCUGGCUAGGUGUGGAUGCUCUUGGACUCAACAUUUAUGAGCAGAAUGAUAGGUUAACACCAAAAAUUGGAUUCCCUUGGAGUGAGAUCAGAAAUAUCUCAUUCAAUGACAAGAAAUUUGUUAUCAAGCCUAUUGACAAGAAAGCACCA